AUGGAGCUACCAGAUAAUCCUCCCAAGGUCGACAUCAGGAAGGAGGUUUACGAGACACUUCCGAAUACGGCAGAGUUACUAGACAACUGGGACACCGUCAAUGCCGAUAAGAUCGCAAACGACGUGGGAUCGGGCCUCUCAAAUACUCUUCAGCAGGGGCAACACCAUGCCAUUGAAGCCUUUUUCGCCGAACCAUCCUGUCACUGGAAAGACACACUAUCUUUUACAGCUCACAUCAGAACUUUCAUUGGCAGAGGUGUCAUUGCAUCGGCUUUACUGGAGCUCUUCGCUCUUCGGAAGGCACAGAGUUUCCAGUUCGAGAAGGCACAGGUUUUGUCAGCCACCAGUGAGCUUAAAUGGAUCGACUGCGAAUUCAGCUUUGUGACUGGUUCUCCCAAGGCUUACUGCCGCGGAAAGAUGAUGCUUAUUCCUGGCGGUCGUGACUCGGGCGACAACGAAUGGAAGAUUUGGUCCAUGAGCACAUAUAUGGCCGCGUACGAAGACUUCCCCGAAGAUGAGGGUCUGCUCAGAGUCCCUUCGGCUCCUAUAACGGCCGACAACCCCAUCUCUACGAGUGUGCUGGUUGUCGGCGGGGGCAACGCAGGUUUGAUUCUGGCCGCUCGACUGAAGGCAAUGAACAUCGACUAUGUCGUGAUCGACCGGAGCGCAAACGUGGGGGACAAUUGGGCGUCGAGAUACGACUGCAUGCGCUUCCACGUCUACAAGUCAUUUUGCGAAACACCAUACAUUCCGUAUCCCCAGGCUUCCAAUGAUGGCCUCACACGGGAUCAGCUAGCCGACCAGAUAGUGGCUUUCGCGAAGGAGUUCGACUUAGACCGCCGUGUUCUACACCGUACGACAAUUGCUGCAACCCAGUACAACCAACAGAGUAACACAUGGAAUGUUGAGAUACAGACGGGGGUUCUUCGACGCACCCUAUCCUGCAAAUGCAUGGUCCUCGCCACGGGCGGCGCCGGCUUCGCGGGGCCUGCGCCCCUGCCAGAUCUACCAGGCCGGGACUUAUACAAGGGUCCUAACAUGCACUCGGCAUCGUAUCGCAAUGCUAGCGAGUUGGUCGCAGCCGGGGCGAAGUCCGUGGCCAUUAUCGGCUCUGGGAACACUGCAUUCGAUGUCUUGGUCGAUUGCCACGAUGCCGGUCUCAAGACGACCAUGGUCCAGCGAUCAGAGACGUAUGUCGUUCCGAUGACGUAUUUUGCCCACCCAAUGGGCUUUGGGGUCUACGACAUCCUCCCUCCUGACGACGCGGACGUGAUUGUGAACGGAGGGCCGCUGGCCAUUGGUGGAGCCCUCCUGGGUCUGGUGCACACGAUGCAAGCCCAGGAAGAGCCGGAUCGAUACGCAGAGGCUAGGAGAGCAGGGUUCCGCGUGCAAGACUCGCUGACUGGCGACCUGCUCGUGAACCUCAUCGACCGUUGCGGAGGGCACUUUGUAGACAUGGGCAGCGGCAUGGACCUCAUCGCGACGAGGAAGGUCGGUAUUCGAUCCGGGGUCGUACCCCAGUCCUACACCGACAAGGGCCUAGUACUAUCCGAUGGUAGUCAUCUGGAGGCUGAUGCCGUAGUCUGGUGCAUUGGUUUCGGCAAUGUUGAUGGUCGAAAGAAUCUCCCAGAUACUCUGGGAAUCGGAGCCGAAGACAUCGCGAGACGGCUUGAGCCCACGUGGGGUGUGGACGCCCAGGGCGAGAUACGUGGGCUUUGGAAGCGGCACCCCGGGGUCGACAACCUCUGGAUGUUUGCUGGUGGGACGGCCCAGCACCGGUGGUUUUCAAAGGUGAUUGCUUUGCAGAUCAAGGGAGUUCUCGAGGGGAUCUUGCCGGACGCCUAUAGACGUACACCAAAGGCCCCUAAAGCUGGGGAUUGGGGGCGCGGAGGAACAUGGGCUCCAAACCUGUAG